AUGUCCGACAAACACGUACUCGUCACAGGCGCCUCGGGACUGCUCGGCCGCCAGGUGGUCCGCGCCUUUGGAGAUGACGGCUGGACCGUGACCGGCACGGCUUUCUCGCGCGCCAAUGGCACGACCCUCCGCAAGGUCGAUCUGGAGGACGCGAGCGCCGUCGAAGCUGUGCUUGAGAGCGUCGCACCCUCGGUGGUCGUCCACUGCGCCGCCAACCGGUUCCCGGACAAGGUCGACAAGGACCCGCAGGGUACGAAGCGACUCAACAUCGACGCGUCCAAGUCGCUGGCGUCGCUGUGUGCUGCCCGCAACAUUGUGCUCAUCUACAUCUCGACCGACUACGUUUUCCCCGGCACCAAGGGCGAGGCACCUUACGAAGCGGAUACGACGCCGUCGCCGCCCAACCUGUACGGCGAGAGCAAGCUGGACGGAGAGAAGGCUGUGCUGGGUGUUUACAGCGAGAGCAAGGACACCACGGGCCGUGCCGUAGUCCUGAGAGUACCGGUACUCUACGGCCAGGCCGAGAAGCCAUCCGAGAGCGCCGUCAAUACCCUGCUAGAUACCGUCAAUAAGGUGCAAGCGCCGGACGCCUCGGCCAAGAUGGACAACUGGUCCGUCCGCUACCCGACCAACACGGAGGACGUUGCGCGUGUUCUUAAAGACGUUGCCAAAAAGUACCGCAGCGCCGAUCCUUCCACGACCCUCCCCCCUGUCCUCCAAUUUUCGAGCGAGGAUCGCUACACCAAGUACGAGAUCUGCCAGGUGCUUGCUGAGGUCCUUGGCGUUGGUCUCGACCGACUUGAGGCCGACCCGACUGGCGGCAAUGUGCCGGGCGGCGUGCAGCGGCCGUACGAUUGCCAUCUCAGCACCAAGGCGUUGCAAGACCUGGGCAUCCCGGUGCAUACACAGAACUUCAAGGACUGGUGGCGCCGCGAGUUGAAGGCGUUCCGGCAUUAA